CCUAACCCUGUUGCAGCCGCUUGGUCUCCUCCUAUCUAGAAAGAAUAUCUCGAAUUUACUUGUACGUUUGUGUCAGUUGAUUUGAGCGAGAUGGCUGAUGCAUUCAAGACGACCAGCGAGUCUGGUCUAGAUAAAGAAUUCGAAGACUUGACGAUCUCAGACAACCAAAUACAAGAGAGGAUUGUGUUGAAGAGCUCCGAUGAUGAAAUCUUUGAGGUUGAUGAAGCGACCGCACGCCAAAUAUUGACGCCAGCUGCUCUUCUUGUUAAAGACAGUCACGUCAAACAAGCAGCAGUCCCGGUCAAAGGCAAGAUCCUCGCGAAACUGAUUGAGUAUUGCAAGAAACUUGUCGACGGUGCUGUUUCUUCGUCGGGCGAGUAUCAUCUCAGGAAGUGGGAGGCUGAGUUCAUGGAAGUCGAUCAAAGCACGCUCUUCCAGAUCAUGAUGGCUGCUUAAUGAGCUAAAGAUCGAAAGCUUGUAUGAACUUACUUGUAAAACAGUCGCCCGCAUGAUGGCAAAUAAAACAGUCGCUGAACUUCGUGAAACCUUCAACAUCAGCUACGAUGCCACAGACUUGGAAGCAGAAGAAAAGAUGCGCCAGGAGCAUCCAUGGGCUUUUGAAUGAGAGCAAAAACCUAGCUUCAUUCUCUCUCUAUAUGACCUUUUUCUAUUUCUAUCUUUUCUUUUGA